AUGGGCCUUUGCCAUGAUUUCAACCUAUUUUUAGAUAACCACGAAGAGAUACGUGGAUUAAUUGAUCUGACCUAUGUUGUAGCUGAUAUUGGUCGGCAAAAUAUGCCCAACUUUCAACUUAACAACUACCCACCACCAUUUAGUCCAGUUAAUGCAUCGACACAAUUCAUGGGUUCUAAUUACGUAUGGGUUUUCAACGGCGUUGGAGGAAUGGGUCGAGCACAGAAAUUGGUUGGCUGGAUCCAAGCUUUAGUUACUGGGGUUAGAUUAUUUGUAUUCAGCACUAACUCACCCGCACAAUAUGUAUUAGUUAUAUCCUGGCUAAUUAGGAAUAA